GAGAAAGGCCAAUCGGACUUUGCCGUUUGCUGGUCCCAUCCCCGGACGGGGCAGAUCAGAUCUCGCCUGGCGACCUGGCAGCUGCUCCCGCAGCCCCCCUGGAACUUUUGCCAGGCAUUGGCUCUGCCUGCUCGGGCGACGCGGCCAAGCCAUCCCGGCUUGAAUGCCCGGCCGCUUCCAUCACCCCUGGAAGGAAUCCAAGGACGGCGACGGGGAGGAAGGGGGGGACAGCAGCCCCGCUUUGUGAUGAGGAGCCGGCCGGGAGACCUCGGAGCCGAGAGAUCGGCCGAGGCCCACGGCGAGGCUCCGAUUUAUAAGGGUGCUGCCUGCGGAACUCCCGCCCACACGCCCGGAGCUUCUGGGAGGGACUCUCCGCCAGGCCGAGGCUUCAGCUCAAAAAGCCCAGCUGGAAGGUUGGGGCGAGGAGCGCCCGCUUCCAGCUGCCGAAGCAGAUCCAGCCUCUCUCGCUUCGCCGCCCCUUUCCCGGGAUGGAGGUUCCGGGCAGCGGCGCGGAGCUUCCCCUGCCUCCCGACCUGAAGGAUUUGGAGAUGAAACUCGGACAGAAACCUCCGGACGGGCUGAUCCGGUGGCUGCGGGGGGACCCCACGGCUCACCUGCUUCGAAACAGCCCGAAUCGGGGGCCGCGCCACGGGCUGGGGGAGAAGAUCAAGGCUCUGAAGCUGGAACUGGCCUAUCUAAGAGCAAUAGAUAUCAAGAUCCUCCAUCAAUUGGUAGCUGUGAAUGAUGGAAUAGAAGCUGUCAAGUGGUUUCUUGAGGAAAAAGGAAUGCUAACCAGCCGCUGCAGCAGCCUUACCAGCAGUCAGUAUAGCUUGGUAGAAAGUCAAGAUACAUCCCGACGAGGCAGCUGGAAUAGCCUUCAGGAUCCCAAUGACAAACUGGAUAGUAUAUCUGUUGGUAGCUAUUUGGAUACACUAGCUGAUGAUAUGGAUGAAUAUGGACAAAGCUCCCCUGUGGAACCCAUAAUGUCACCUACCUUAGGUAGACCUCUGGGCAGAAGUGAAUUAGAAAGAUCAAAGGCAGAUCUAGAGAGAGUCUUUCUUGCAAAGAUGGACAAAGAGCAAGACAAAAGCAAAACUUAUCCUGAAUGGGCCUCUGGUUUAGUUAAGAAUCAAAGUUUUAACAAGCUAAGUGCACCUGUUCAGGUGUCACCACCAACGGCUAAUGGGAUCUUGGGAAGACAAGUCCCUAAGCUAGUGCAGAGCCUUGAGGAGAAAUUUACUGCUGCAGCUGCUGAGCAACCAAGCAAAGAGAGUGUAGCAGUAAAGGCCUCCAGGAAGAGCAAAAUGGAUUCAGAAAAUUGCAGGCUCGAUAACAGGAAGCACCUGGAAUAUGAUGGUCAAUGGCAGUGGGCAGAGUCUCAAGAAGAUGUGACAUUUUUGUAGCAUCCCUGACUGGCUGCCUGGAUAAACAUAAAGAGAUUCCAGGUUUUAUGCACUAGUCUUUUUGCACCUUGGACUGCAAGCUGUGCUCUCUUUGUCUGAAUGUCUUUUGUUUUGACCAGAACUGUUGAGACAUAUUUGCUGAUGGACAGAACAUAAGUAUAUUAGCCAGAUGGCAUUUGUCUUCUAAGAUCUUAAGCUUUUGCCAAGAAUGAGGGCAUAUGAAAAUACUGUACACCUCUAUUUGAAAGCUUUUGGCCUGCCAAUGCUGCACUUUUGUGCCCCAGUUCUAGUUUCCAUGUGAGUGGAAGUGGGCGUAGGCUCAUAGGCUGGACUUUCAGGUUUUGACAAAGCUGUUCACCUGAGUAGCACUCAAUCCUACUGCAUGUAACCAAUACUGCCCUAGGAAUAACUGGUAUUUUUUAAUGAAAGAAACCAGAGGCAAACCUUUGAUACUAUAAUCAAUGUUUUAAUCAAUGUUAUUAUUAUUAUUAUUAAUGUCGUAGGAAAUACUGCUUCUUCAUUUGCUUGAUGUUUGAGUUACCUCUUAGGUUUAAGAAAGGAAUGUAGAAUUCUGCAGAGAAGCCUACACAUUCAUUUCCUACACUCAACAGACUGAAUAUGUCCUUCAUUCUGGUAACCAUGAGAACCAACUUUCCACCUGAACCUGAAUCUGAGGAAAAUAGUGGGGGAGUCUGUUGGUUUAAUGCAAGGGUCUUCAAACUUGGCAAGUUUAAAACUUGUGGACUUCAACUCCCAGAAUUCCUGAGCUAACACGACCAGAGGAGGAAUCCUGGGAGUUGAAGUCCACAAAACUUAAAUUUGUCAAGUUUGAAGACCCCACCCCCAGUUUAAUGAGUCUUGAAAAGCCUUGAAGAACUGAAGCUUAAGUGUUGUGCUGCACUUUUAAAUGACUGCAAGUAACACAAAAGUGCAGCAAAUAUAUAGAGAUAACCUCUCACACACUUUACAUUAGGCUUGGAAAAUAACUGAGAUUUUUGUGGUAUACUUUGGAGGUAAAUUGAUUUGCCUUGAGUUGGAAGCAGGGAUGGAAAAAGGAAAAAGGAAUCACUAGUGACGUUGCAUUAGACUGCAAAAGUGCCCUGACUAGCUGUUUGCUAUAACCAUAACACUGGCAAACCAACAUUCAUGGGAUCCAAGUAAAAAAAAACAGCUGUAUGUGCAUCCAAAUUUUGAGUUUCAAAGUCAUAGUUUUAAAUGGCAGCUCUAUACUGGCUUUAAAAUGUUGGAAGAAAUAUCCUUCUGGGUGCAGUUCCAAGUGGGGAAAAAGACACUGGAAAUAUGGAGGCUGUU